AUGAGCUGCGCAGACGACCUCACAGUAGACGACCUCAAUAACAACGUCACUACAGAAGUCCUCGAGCGCGUGUCGGCCGGCGAGGGCAGCAACGCCAACCUCUGGGGCUGGAUAGACCGGGACAAUGUCGUGGGCGUCAACCUCGUCGAGGCCGAGAGCGGGCCGAAAGUGAUCAAGGUCUGGGACGAGCGGCUGGACGAGGACACAUUCAUCGAGAGCGGCGUCGACGACGAGCUCAUCCUGCACAUCCCCUUCAUCACGUCGGUACGCCUCCGCACGCUGCUCCUGUACCUCCCGUCCCCGUCCCACCCGCACCGUCCUGGACGCCUGAGGGUGUUUGUCAACCUCCCCAACCCGCCAGACUUCACCGACGUCGACGCCAUGAACCCCGUCAUGGACAUUGACGUCAGUGCGCCGGCCGUGCAGCGGCGCGACAUCGGCGGUAGGCGCGAGGUGGACGAGUGGGGGCUCAAGGUACAAAAGAUGGCGAGCGUGUUUAGCGUCACGCUGUUGUUUAGCGACGCCGAGACAAGUGCCCGGUCCAAGGUCUUCUUCGUCGGCUUCAAGGGCGACGCCAAGCAGCUGAGCAUGGACAUGUCCAAGCUCGGCCAGGUGCCUGCCCAGAAUGCAGCGGACAAGCCCGUCGAUGGCGUAAAGGAGAAGCAGAGCUCGGGAUACACCACCAUCCGAUAG